AUGUUAGAAAUAAUCAACAUUAUUUCGCUAAUAUUUUCAGUAGUUUCUGUUGCAGGGAAUAUGUUUCUUGUUUUGAGUAUCUUGAGAAAUUUUGAAACAAGAAAUCCAUUUGGAUCUUUUAUUAUCAACUUGAGUAUUGCUGAUAUAUUUUCUGGAGUUUUUGUGCAGUUGCAUGUGCUCCUUGAGAAGUUUAACAUUGAAAUGAACAACAGUUCAUUUUUCUUCAAGGCACUUGAAACUUCAUCUCGCUCGAUAACGUUAAUGUUCCUUGUAGUUCUAUCGUUUUACUUGAUAUUUUCCUUAAUAAGUCAAGUAACAGUUGAAAAGUAUUUUACACCUGAAGAUACAUUUAUUAUUAUUUUCAUCAUUUGGUCAUUAAUUGGUGGGAUUCAUUUGGUUUAUCAUAAAAUCAAGCCAAAAUGCAUAGUUUAUGAUGAUAAAUUUUCAAAUAAUGACUUUUUUGAUAUGAUUUUUACAGUUAUACUAUUAUUUCAACUUUUGACUGCAUUUUAUCUGAAAUAUAAACAGAAUCUUAUCAGAUAUAACGUCACAGAUGAAACUGUUAACAGAUAUAACAAUUUUGGACUAUCACAUCUUAGUAGUCCUGCUUUCAUAUGCUACACUGAUAGGUCAAUGAAAUCAUUUAUUAAGCUCCAGUCGAUUCUGUUUAUUAUUUUCUGGUUACCUUACUUUAUCACUAUAGUACUCAUUUUCAAUGGAGUUAAUUGGGACUAUAUACAUAAUGUUUCAACAUUCACGUACUUUCUUGGUACAAUGAAAGGUUUUGCUGCUUGUAUUGGAACCUUUAUCGUGUAUCCAGAUAGCAGAAUGAUUUUACAAAAUAUAAAAGAAACUAUAUUGACCAUAAGAGAUUAAGG